AUGGUCCAGACCUUCUGCAAUCAUUGGCAACUCAAACCAUAGCAUCCGUCUACUCUGUGAACUUGUUCAAUGAUGAAAGGGAUGAUGUCAUCAAGAAGUGGAAUAUGCUGCAAGCGUGCUGGGGUAGCGGGAAUGGCUACUACGCACCAGGUCAGCCUCCAGUAGAAUAUGUGCCUCUAAACCCGUUCUAACAGGUUCAAGGCGAUGGGGUAUAAUGUCAUUCCUGAGCACGACAAUUCGGACGGCAUUGUACGGAUCAUUUUUGGGAAGAAGAUCGACGAAUUGAAAAAUCAGCAAGAGGUAUUGAAGAAUGGAAUAGCUGGAAUCCUAGGCAACAAGCCCAAUCUCACAAUCGAAAUAAUCCAGCUGAGGGCCCUUACUGAAUCUCAAACUGAAUUGAAGGUUACCGUCACCGAGAAAGGAGUGACAGGAACCGGUCGCAAGAUACCCGCUACAGACUUGGCUGCGUUCUUAAUCAACCACAGCAGAAACAGCAGCUGACAAAUGUUGGAGUUACCAGUAUAACGCCUUACGUCACUCCUAGCAAGGCAGAGUUAGAGGA